GUAUAGCCGAAAUUUGCAGACCCAAUUUAGCCGGCAAAAGCGCGCACACGCUUCUCUCUCUAUUCAUUACGACGUCGUUCCUUGUCUUGCUCAUAUUAUCUCUCCUUGUCUGUCUCCGGUCUUUUGAUUCAAACCGAACAAGUUUCGAAUCUCUGUCUUCAUUUUUCGAGUCCCGUCCGUACAGCUAUGGCCUUCGUCUCGUUCGUCGGGAGAGUCCUCUUCGCCUCCGUGUUCAUUCUCUCGGCUUAUCAAGAGUUCAAUGAUUUUGGUGUUGAUGGUGGACCUGCAGCAAAGUAUCUGAGACCAAAAUUCAAUGUUUUGUCAAAUCACAUAUCAUCUCAGACUGGGUUGCAACUGCCAGAAGUUCAAACUAAACAUUUAGUGGCUGCUGCAAUAGCAUUGAAGGGCUUUGGGGGUCUUCUUUUCAUCUUUGGCAACUCUCUUGGAGCUUUUCUUCUGCUUCUGCAUCAGGCAAUCGCUACUCCAAUAUUGUACGACUUCUAUAACUAUGAUGUUGAGAAGAAAGAAUAUACCCAACUCUUUCUGAAGUUUACACAGAAUUUGGCAUUGUUGGGAGCAUUGCUCUUCUUCAUUGGAAUGAAGAACUCCAUGCCAAGGAGACAACUGAGGAAAAAGGCUCCCAAAUCCAAAACAGUGUGAAUGGAAAUUUUGGUAAUAGAAGGGUUAUGCAAGUUGAUCGGUUCAACGAUGCCGCUGUAUUGUUCAGGAACUAAUUUUGUAUGUCAUUCAGUGCUUCUCUUUCAAAAGAUUAGGGUUACGGAUUUGGGAUAAAAAAAAAAAUCCAUCUUUGUUUUGAGGGGUGCUGUUUCCUAUUGAGCCUAUUUAUGGACAUUUCAAUUUUGGUUUUGAAAGAUUUGCAAUCUAUGGAUGUGUCAGAACUUGGAUUGAUUAACUGGGUCGGAUAUGGUGUUUCUUA